AUGAUAUAUAAAAGAACGCUCACAAAAGUGAUAACAGCAGUUUGGAAAACAGAAAACUUCGAAGCUUUUGUUGUAUUACACCAGGGGUCAGCAUUAAGCCCAUUUUUGUUUGUGCUGGCCAUGGAUGUGUUGAGUGAAGCGAUCAGGUAUAAAGAGCUGUGGGAAUUGUUGUAUGCAGAUGAUCUGGUGAUUACUUCUGAAAAUGGGGAGGACAUACAAAGAAGGGUUGGAGAUUGGCACGAGUCUUUAGAGAGGGGUGGCUUAAAGGUGAAUGUAAAUAAAACAGGUUUUGCUGAGCAGUUUAAAGACUUAGGAUCUAGUUUAGGCCAAGAGGGAAGAUGUGAGGCUGAAGUUGACAGUAGGAUAAAAGCUGCAUGGGGGAAGUGGAGAAAAGUAGCUGGAGUGGUAUGUGAUAAGAAAAUGUCAAUCAAGCUAAAUGUCCUGAGAUAUAACACAGUGAUCAGACCAGUGUUAUUGUAUGGAGCAGAAACAUGGGCUCUAAGAAGAAAAGAGGAAGUAAAGAUUGAGAAAACAGAGAUGAGAAUGCUUGGAUGGAUUAUGAGAAUAUUGCUGCUUGAGAGAUUGGAAAGUGAUGAAAUAAGAAAGGGAGAGGAGAAGGGGAUGGGAAGAUGGAAAUGGAGGGGAGAAGGGGGAGGAGGAAGGAAGUUGAGAUGA